GCACUGCUAUCACUCUUAUUCCUUGCUCUCUCCCUCUCCCCCCUCUUCACCCUUUACAUAGAAGGAAAACACAAACGCAAACUUACCAAACUUUCACUUUGGCUAUCAUGGCUUCUCUCCUUCCUUCAUCAAUGAACCUUCGGCUUCCUAUAAGGAGAUCGAACAGCGCAUUCUUCGGUCCAAAGCUCAACGCAUUGGGAUAUCAACCUCGACAAAGUCAAGUAACAACCCAGGUGAAGGAGACGUCAUUCAGAACACUUUGUGCUGGAAAAUCUAAUGGACAAGAGAAGACCCACGGCUCCUCACAUUCCGUCCCCCUUUCUCCCCUUGAACUUGUAGCUGAUGAUUUCUACUCAUCCCUCAACAAGAAGAACCGCUACAGAUUGCAUGAGCUCAUUGCUGAUGACUGUAUUUUCCAAGAUAUGGCGUUUUCAAAACCAUUCAAAGGAAAGGAAGUACAUCAUUUUCUCAGGAAUCUAACAGAAGCCAUGGGCAAGGAUGUAAAAUUCGUCGUCGAUAGGGUUUAUGAAGGUGAUGGGCUAAGCAUCGCAGUCCUAUGGCAUUUAGAGUGGCAGAAAAAGCGCAUUCCCUUUGCCACUGGCUGCAGCUUCUAUGAUUGCAUAAAAGAGAAGGAAAAGUUUUCCAUCAAGAAAGCUACUGUUUAUUUUGAAUCACCACUAAAGCCAGGAGAAUUUGUACUGAGUCUGCUCAACAUCAUCAGCUCGCUUUUUGACAACUUCCCAAAACAGGCUAAGUGGUUCUUAGAAAAACCUCAUGCAAUGAUACACCUUCUGAUAAAAGCAUACAAGAUACUGAUCGAGCCCUUCAUACUUCCACUUAUAGUGUACUAUACCCAUCUGUGGACUUAUGGAGCUCUAAUAAUAAGCUAUGUGCUCAACAUACUGCAAAAGUUGCUGAAGUUUUUUAUGUGAUAAGAGUCCCCUAACAUCUAACAAAACAUACUG